AUGUUGAUUGAUGUCGGUGGCCUCUCCAUUGUCUAUCCAUAUCCCACCGUCAGUAAACAACAGCUACAGAUCAUGGAGCAUGUGUGCGAUGUCUUGCGGACAGGGAUAGGGGGGAAGCGGGCUCUUUCUCUUCUUGAAGCAAAGACAGGGUCUGGCAAGACACUAGCUGUGUUGUCGGCAGCUGCGUCCUUUUGGGACGCAUAUCCCACGGCCAUAUCUCGCAUAGUCUUUCUCUGUCGCACUAUCCCUGUUGUAGACCAUGUGCUCGGGGAAAUCUUUCACCUUAACAAAGCCCGCAGUGAUGCCUUCAAGUCUGUAGCCGGAGCUACUGCUUCUUCUGCUGUUACUGUGGGUGCAGAGCCUUCACUAAAGAAAGAACCCCCGAAUUCAAGUGUUAGAGCCCCGCCAUUCAGAAAGCUACGAGCAUUGCCUAUUACAUCGCGCAGGCGGUUGUGCGUUAAUGAAUCUGUUUCUAGAGCUGCAUACCUAGACACAGAGUGCAUUAAAAUCACUAGGGGCGUUGACUUGGAGGAUACCGUCAUGUGCCCAGCGUUCAAGAAAACACUCGAAGAGGAAGGUGAGCUAUCCAUAGGCAGAGAAUCGUACACCAUUCCAGAGUUUAUUAAUCAGUGUAGAACGUACAAUGGCGGAGUAGUGUGCCCUUAUUUUGCUAAUCGUCGUUUACUCCAUACAGCCGAUAUAAUCGUAGGAAGCUACAAUUACGUGUUAGAUCCCAAGUGUGCAGGACCGCUGGGUGCAAUACUGGAUCAGAACACGCUCCUUAUCAUAGACGAGGCGCAUAAUUUAGAGUACGCUGCUUGUGAUGCAAUGUCCAUGCACCUGAGCUACAAAUUGGUAGUGGACUGCGAACAAUCUAUUCACGCGAUGUCGGCCUCAAUUGCACACAGCGCACGUCCACCGCCGCCUCCAUUCUCACCUGAUAGGUCCUUUUUGCGCAAAGAGCGGGCAAUCAAGACAGUCCAGCAGGACAGCAGGCUCCUCUUCUCUGGCUCAGCUCCGGCAGAUGUGCUCUUACUCUCAUCAGAAUCUUAUGCAGCUGUCAAAACACCUCAGCAGUUUUUGUCCGGACUGCUAAGGAUAGUCAGGUUAUUAAAGGAGCAGCUCUCGGACCGCUUGACUAAGGACGUUGUGUCUCUUCCUCACGUGGAUGUGCUGAACCUUGUGCGCUUGCAGUUUAUUACCGAGUCCUUUCUUCAGUUGUCACCUGAGUAUCUACACUAUUAUCAAUCAUAUUAUUGUAUAUUUGAUAAGAACCUUCCACAAUUAGUUCAGUUCUUGUCCCUGUUGGGGUACUUUGGGAGUGUUGAGACACUAAAGCACUUCCGAACAUACUCAUCCUCUCUUAGCUACGAAAAGUUCUUCACUGUCAUACAAAAACCUCAGACCUCAAUGGGUGACGACGACACUCUGCUGGCUCAUACACAACAGAUAUUUGAGCACAGCAAGCAUCAGACGCUGUAUAGACUUGUGUGCCAAGACCCGUUUAUCGCUUUACGGCCGGUAUACCAGUACUUUCCUCUGAUCAUGAUGAUGAGUGCAACUCUGUUUGCCUCCUAUGAGUGUACAGAUACCUCAAUUAACUCAUCCGGAGUGGCAGAGGCGACUAAGCCCUCAUUGAUCGAACGCAUAUUAGGAAUAACCAUGUACGCUGAGCAAUGCGAGCGCUCAGUGGAGCCUGUUGUUAAGAAGUGUAUUAUUGAAAGCGGAGCACAGUCCAACAUAUGUAUUAAGAUAAUUGGUAAGGGGGCAGACCAGGCGAAGCUUACAACACAGUUCUUCUUCAGAACCACCCCAUCGGCAGUGCAGAACUAUGGUCGGAUACUUGCUCAGAUAUCAUCAUCCACAGCCGACGGCCUUAUCGUCUUCUUCCCGUCGUAUCGCUUCAUGGAAGACCUCAUAACCCUGUGGAACAUAACGUCCUCAAAUAUGUUUAGAGUCAUAACAAACAAUAAGCUUGUAUUCUUCGAGACGCCAGACCCCAUUGAAACAAUGCAUGCAGUAGCUUGUUAUCGAAAGUGCUGUGACAGUGGAAGGGGAGCAGUUUUGUUUGCUAUUGCGCGCGGAAAGCUAUCAGAGGGAAUAGACUUUAAGUACCACCAUGCUCGCAGCAUAAUACUCAUUGGUGUGCCGUACCUAUACUCCGGCAGCACCCUUAUCCAUAUGAAGCUAAACUACCUUAACGCAAAAUUCGGCAUAAAACCCAGCGAAUACAUCCACUUUGAUGCAGGGCGUGUUUUGACCCAAUGUAUCGGCAGAGUGACAAGAAAAGAUAACGAUUAUGCCGCUGUCAUCUUGGCUGACGAGAGAUUCGGAGAGUGCAUCAAGUGGACUACCCGGUGGAUGCAAGAAAUGGUCCGUGGGAAGAACAGCCAAAUAACCACACAGGACGAAGCCAUCCGGACUAUACGUGCCUUUUUCAUCCAGCAGGCUAGAGAUACAAACAGACGCAUCAAUGCUGAUUUCUUCAAUGAAAAUGAUGGGCCAGGUGAUUUUAGCCAGUAA